AUGAGGGCAUUCAAGAUUAUGCUUCAAGGCCAGGACACUGCGACACCACCAAGCACACACUCAGCUACACCAUCUACAGACUUGUGUUCUCUAAUACCCAGGCAGCAAAAACCAAAAGCAUACGAAUCUGAAAGCAAUUGCCUUUGGUUCAUAUGUAAAUCUACAGGACUUUACAUACAAAAACCUGUUAUUAAGCAUAAGGAGGUGGAAGAUGAGCCUACACUGCAGUCAACAGAAGAUGCAGUACUUGUCAUUUAUGAGAACAGAAAGCACAAACUUAAUGCCUAUGUAGACCAUAUCAGUAAGUUAUGUCUUAGGCAUAGUUUCCACGCCGUAAUGUCCUAUGACGAAAAUCACAGAGUAAUAUUAGUCACAAAUCGAGACUCAACUCUUCUAGACCGAGAAAUCGAAGUCAAGGGCAGAAACUUUGACGUGACUAUGGCAAAGAAACACAAGUACAACAUGCGCCGGACUACACGUCUUGACACAGAGUGGCAUGAUGGCUACGCUGACGAAAAACCAGAAAAAAGGCGACCUACCUGA